AUGUCGCCGAUGCGGCAGGUGCAGUCCAGCCUCGUCGCCAUGCUCUUCGGCGACGGCCCGUGCUUCUUGGCAGAUCACUUCGGGCUCGAGCGAGAGUCCAGCCUGGGCGACAUGUACGGCGAGUUGCGGGAGAUCACGUUGUCCUUGUCUGCGUCGCUGCACUACCGAGUGGAAUCCCAGUUCGGCGAGUACCCCCUCGAACUCCUCAGGGUUGCCCCCCGCGCCGCCCUCGGCGAGUGCGUGAAGGGCGCCAUGCGCGAGUUGAUGGGCACCCCGACGUGCUGCCUGGACGAGUCCUUCUCGGGGCGCCUGUUGGACUGGGCGCGGGCCAAGGCCGACGGCGGCUUGGGCGAGGAAGCAAUCUUGGAGGCGUUGUGCUGUGAGGUCGUGAUCGCGGCGAUCCGGGCGUGGGCCGAGGACGGCAAGGCCAGCGUCGCGCACGUCGAGCGGCUCCACGCCAUCAUGAAGCAUCUGAUUUGCCGCUCCACUUCGCGCCCAGGGGCAGAGAGCGUCAUUCUGCUGAACCACGCGCGCAGGAUGAUGGCUAAGUUCACCGAGCAGGGCCACCUGGAUUUCAGCCUCGAGAAGAACCAGGUGGUCUUGGCCAGGCGGGGUGGCCUUGUAACCCGCCAGGACGCCCGCCGACUGCGGAAGCCGAGGAAGCGGCGGCAGCCGCGCCAACGCGAAACCUUCUUGAAUACCAAAUCAAGGUUGGCAAAGUUGGCCCGGGCGGGAGCACCGUGGACGAAUGACCAGGAGAAGAGAGCGAGAGAGGAGUGGGGCCGUCAGAUGGAUGAGAUGACCCAGGAGCAGGUGGACACCUACUUGGCCGCGCACGCAGCCUUGCCCGCGGCCCAGGAGCCCGUCGACGAGACCGCGGGCGGCGCGGCGGCUGAGCUGCGCGGUGGCGCCCUCGAUUUGCUCGACAUCUUGACUGGCAGCGUCGAGCCCCCAGAGUUCGAGAUCGCAGUGGGCGACAGGGCGCGCCAGGUGUGGCCGUUGGAUGUCGGCGAUGAGACGUGGCCACUUGCCGAGGCGAGGUUCGAGCAGCACCUGCGCGCCGUCUCGGGCGCGAGCAGCGGGGGGGCCCCCGCCCGAGUGCCAGGGGUCACGCAGUGCGCCAAGAAGAUUCGCCCCGAGUUGCGCGAGACGUUGCUGGUCGAGGGCCCCGCCGACGAGAACGCCACCCCCGUCCCGAUGGGCCCCGUCGCGGUGCGCGACCAGUGCUUCAGGCUCCACCCUGGCCUGUGCCAGACGAGGGACAAGGAGGUCUACGCGCAGGCGCUCGCCGCGGCGUCGGGGCUCCGGGCCUUCGUGAAGGGCAUGUCCAGCGGCCAGCUGAUUCGCAUCAUUGGCGGGGAUGUUGAGCAGGCGGCAUCGUCGGACGCACGACCUGUCGAGAUGUGGCUGUGCAUCGGGGCGAUGCGCCAGCGGGGCCCUCCGCUUGCUGUGUUCGCUCGCUGCAGCCGCCGCGCGUGCCUCCAGGGGGUCAUCCAGGUGGACGUUGCGGAGCCGCCCGAGGCCAGGGGGCGCGGCAGCCUCGAGUUCAACUUCUCGACUUGCUACCGCGUCGCUCGCGACUGCGUCGUGCUCGACGGCAUGCAGGGGGCCAAGGUGCAGGAGAUCAGGUGUGCGAACACCAGCGUGCUGGCCAUGAUGCUGCAGGGGGAGUUUGUCGUUCGCGAGGCGCCCUUCCGCGGCAUGGACCAGAGCCUCGUCGUCCUCGCGCCCCUCGGCUCGUGCAAGAGGGCGAAGGCAAAGGUGACGCACAUUGAUUCGGGCGGCAGCGGCACCGACGAGGGGGGCAAGACCGACGGGCUGCAGGAGGAUGACCCGAUGGAGGUGCCCCCGCCGCCCCAGCCGCCCCAGCCGCUGGAUGCUGCAGGGCAGCCUGGGGGUCGCAGGGGCCAGAAGCGGCGCGCCGCUGCCGCGGAGCCCCCAGGUUUGGACGGCGCCAUGCCGCGCAUCCACCAGGGCUGGGGCGCUCGCAAGAAGGGUGGCGAUCAGGAGCAGUACUCGAGGUACGACGUCCCCGGCUGCGGCUACCUGUACUACGCCCACGGCCGCAAGAAGAUGGCCGCGCAUUGCGUGAACGCGGCGUGCCCCCAUGGCUUGUGCCGCACCGGCCGCUCGUGCGCUGGGUCAGCCCAGAAGUUCUCGGGCCGACCAGUCGGCUUCCUGUUGGCGUGGCUCUUCGCCGGCCACGGCUACGACCAGGCAGGGCACCAGGCGCUGGCGAGGCGAGAGCAGCGGGACAACGCUGACAUCAGCUACGCCGAGCGCAACUCGUGCCGGCAGUGGGCCAAGGAUAACAUCCCCGACGUCUUCGCCCACGAACGUCCGCCCCCCCCUGGGCCAGACGGGGCCACGCCGCCAUGGCAGUCGUGCCCGGCGACGCGCCUCGAGCAGAGAGGGAUGCACGCUUUGGCCCGUGAGUUUCUAAGGAGGGAGAUCAUCGCUAUCGAGGACGAGGGGGGCUCGGACGGCGAUCACAACGGGGGUGGCGGCGGCGAUAGCAGCGCCAAGUGGGCCGACCUUUUCGAGGGCGACUUGCUGAGUGACAUGAGCCCUCCGAAGCACAGGGCCGUCGGCGCCGUUAGGCGCCGUCGUCCCGCGGCCGACGAGAUCACGUCUGAGCCCAAGCAGGCCCUCAUCUUCCAGUGCGCGAAGCCGUCGAAGAAGCCCGCCGUUCCCGAUCCAGAAGAACCCGCCAUCCCCGAUCCAGUUGAGCCGUUCUUCGAGAGGCAGGUCGGGCCUUUCGCAGGUCGCGUCGCUGCCCGGGGCGGCCGCGGCCGCCGGGGCGGCAGGGGCCGCGGCGGGGGCCUCGUGAGCGCCGUGCAGGACCAGGGCGACAUGGGCGAGGCCGCGUCCGUGACGGACGUGAAGCAGGUGAAGGCCGCGAAGCAGGGGAAGACCGUGAAGCAGGGGAAGACCGCGAGGCAGGGGAAGACCGCGAAGCAGGGGGCAACGCCGCGCGCCGCGCCCAUGAAGGUCACGAAGGGCAAGAAGGCGGUGGCGGGCACCCAGACUCGGAAGAGGCCAGCCUCCGCCCAGCCCGCGGACGAGGCGGCUGGGCCUCCGCGUGCCGAGGUUCGCGUCGGGGUCGAGGCGUUGCCAGGGGGCUCGGUGUGCAUGCAGUUCGAGUUCAAGCCGCCCGAGGGCUUCAGCAUGGGCGUGGACUUGCAGGACAUGCUGCUGCUGGGCCACGCCGCGCCCACCUGGCAGGACUGCGGCGCCUACCGAGACGGCGCCAGCGCCAGCGCUGCGGCUGCUGGCGGCGACGCAGGCCUCCCAGGGCCAGGGCGCGCAGCCCCGCCCACGCACGUGCACGACGUCCACCCGCCGCCCCCGUCCGACCGCCUCACGUUCGAGAAACACGACUUGGAUCAAGCAGCGGCGCAGAUGAUCGGUCGAUUCACUCCAGAUGACUUGGCCAAGCUGAAGAAGACCUUGACCCAGCAGCCGAACAUCAGCGUUGGGACAAUCUGCAGCGGCACCGACCUUUGCAAGUACGCCAUCGACGCGAUCCUCAGCGCGGCCUCGGAGUCCGCGAGUCUCUGCCUGGAGCAGCGGGCCACGGCCACCAGCCGCUUCGCUUGCGAGAAGAAGAAGGUCGCCCAGGCGUUCCUCCAGGUCAUGCACGAUCCGACCACCAUGUGUCUGUUCGCUGACGCGGGUGACCUCAGGCACGGGAAGGCGUUCGACAUCAUAUCCAGCCAGCAGAAGCCAGUCCCGGGCGUCAGUUGGGUGCUGAUUGGGUUCUGCUGCCAGAGCGUCAGCCUGUGCAACAUCAACAGCGCCGACGCGUGCGUCACCAUCCGCAAGGGCGACAAGAAGACGGGGCAGACCUUCAAGGACUCCCUCGCCUAUAUCGCGAGGUUCAGGCCAGCGCUGCUCACCUUGGAGAACGUGACCGCCAUCGACAACAAGAGCGACGACGGCACCGACAACAACCUGGACGAGAUCGUCAUCGCGCUGCACAACUUGGGCUGCGCGGUGCUGACGCUGCGGCUCGACGCCAGGGACCGCGGGGUGCCCCAGCGUCGCAACAGGCAGUGGAUCCUCGGCUUCCUGAUGAAGUUGACCCCCCUCACCAAGCAGGAUCAGACUGACGCUGGCCCGAUGCUGACGAACUGCAAACGCAUCAUCUACUCGGUCAUGGCGAACCCGAUGGAUAUCGACAAGUUCCUGCUGGAGGAGGGCAGCGCUGAACUCGCGUUGUUCCAGGGGCGUCGCGCGGGCAUCUCGAUCUCAGAGAGGGCGCCCGCUCAGGGCAAGGCGAAGGCGCCGAGUUGGCCAGAGAAGCACCGCGAGGCCUUCCGCGCGCGGAACCUCACGUACCCGCCAGUGAUCGAUUGCCUCUACGGGGAGCGGACGGUCAAGAACCUCGGGUUCAUGCCCAAACGUUCCCAGGAGCGCGUGGUUUUCAUGGACCUGACUCUGGAGCCCAUCAGGGAGGGGGAGCCCGAGGAGAUCAUUGACGUGAACCAGAGCAUCAACCGCAUCCCAAGGUGCACUGGCUCCUGCCCUUGCAUCACGCCGAACGCCCUCCUGUGGCUCCGCAAGCGCCAGCGCUUGCUCGAAGGGCCCGAGAUCUUCGCGCUGCAGGGCAUGCCGUGGUUCAGCAACACCAUGCUUGCCAGCGCCUUCCCCAGGCCGGGCGUCUACACGAACUUGGGUGGCAACGCGUACAACGCCUACAACGUCAUGGCGAUCGGCAUCGGGAUGCUGACUGUCUACGAGCGGGCCUUGUUCUGA